AUGGUGGAUACAGUAUUAGCAGCAGCAACAACAACAACAACAACAACAACUACUACUACUACUACAGGAAAUGAUAAUGAUGAUUGGGAAGUAGCUGUCGAUACGGGUGAAUUUGAUAAAAGACUUGAACAACAAGAAAAAGCUCGUGCAGCUAAUCAAGAAUCCAUCUUACCUGCUAUAGCAUCUACUGUUAAUGAUGAUGACAGUAGAACUUCAUCAAAUAUCAGUUUUAUGAACUUGAAUAAACCCAUUCGAAUUCUUAAACGACCGAUCAGUCAGUCUCAAUUAUCAACUACGAAUGUCAAUGUAACGAAUUCUUCAAUAGCCACAAGUACAAACACUAUUACUACCACAGCAGCAUUGCAUAAUGACAAUAAUGCUAAUAACAGUAAUUCGCCGUUUCCUAUCAAUACUUCUUCGACUACAACAGUGCCUGUCGUAUCGAUCAUUCCACGAAAUUUUACUAAAGACUCAGCAAAUGUUUCACAAUCAAUAAGUGUGCCUGUGUUUUCUUCAAAUUCGUUAUCAUCCCAACCAGCAAGACCUGCUAUUAAAACUUAUGAACAACGUGAACUUGAAUAUAGACUAGCAAGACUCAGAAUAAUGGGUGAAGAAGAAAGUUCAGUGAAAGAUGAUGAAGAUAAUCCUGUUGUUGAACUCACACCUGUUUCCACAGAUGAUACCAACAAACCUACUACAUCGCCAUUGUCUUCUACUUCGUCAACUACGAGAACAGCAAAUAAUAUGAGCGGAUUUUCUCAACAAUCACUUCAAUGUCAUUCAACACCCGGUAGUUAUGCUUCUAAUUUAUAUGCACUGAAUAAUGUACCAUCAAAUACGGGAGCAAUUCAUUUUACGCCAAACAAUAAUUCGAAUAAUAGUACACCCAAUCUUGGCACAGGACCUUAUUCUUCGCCUAAUUUUCCUCAACAUUAUCGUGGCGCUUAUCCUACUCCAUACUCUCAUAUGCCACCUCCACCCUUAAUCCCACGCUAUCCAUUAGUAGCAGCAACAACAACUACUACACUUUACAUGACAUCCACAGCACCUUUUGUUAGUGCACCUUCGUCAUCGUCAUCGCCAUCAUCUGUAUCUUCAUCAUAUAAUGUUGCACCUCAACAACAUCCAAAUAUGGCAACUAAUAAUUGGUAUCAUUAUCAACAUUCACAAACGCCAUACGGAAUACAACAGUAUGGACCUCCACAAUAA